AAACUGUUAAGAAACAAACAAAAAAAAAAUCCUUUCUCUUAGCCUCUUCAUAUGGAUCUCCAAACAAAAACACAGAGACUAAUCACUCUUUAUACUCCAACUAUUAUUAAGAAACAUUAUGCAUAUGUAUUGUCUUUCCUUCUUUUAAUAGUUUUCACUUUUACAAUAUCAAGUUUUGUAAACCCUUUUGAUUUACACUAUCUUCAUUAUUAUCCUUUCCAACAAAAACAACAAACACAAUGUGAUUAUACCAAUGGUGAAUGGGUUUGGGAUGAACACUACUCUCUCUACAAUGAGAGUUGCCAGUUUCUCGAUCCCGGUUUUCGAUGUCAUCGUAAUGGACGUCGAAAUCAAAGCUUCCGCCAUUGGAGAUGGCAACCUCAUGCUUGUGAUCUUCCUAGAUUUAAUGCAAGUGAUUUCUUGGAGAGAAGCAGAAAUGGAAGAAUAGUAUUUGUUGGAGAUUCAAUAGGGAGAAACCAAUGGGAGUCACUAUUAUGCAUGUUGUCAAAAGGAGUUUCAAACCAAUCAACAAUUUAUGAAGCAAAUGGAGUUCCCAUAACUAAGCACAAAGGCUAUUUCUCCAUCAUCUUCCAAGAGUUCAAUGUAAGUGUUGAGUAUUACCGAGUCCCUUUUAUUGUACGUGUAGGCCGCCCACCACCGGAGUCACCAGAACAAGUACGUGGUGUCAUUAACAUUGAUCAGCUCAACUGGAUGUCGGAAAAAUGGCCGGGAGCAGAUGUCUACAUCUUCAAUGGUGGCCAUUGGUGGAAUGAAGCAAAAACUAUUGCAUCGGGAAUCUACUUUCAGGAAAGGGGGAUUUUAAAUUUGACAAUGAAUUAUAAGGAAGCAUUUCGAAGGUCAAUGAGGACAUUGAAGUCAUGGGCAGAACAGAACUUAAAUCCACAAAGAAGCCACAUUAUCUUUCGAAGCUAUGCUCCAGUUCAUUACAGAAACAAAGAGGUGAGGAUAUCUUUUAAUAGAAUUUACAAGAAUGUAUGUGAUUGCAGAAAUGGAACAUGGGAUGCAGGAGGUACUUGUAGGGAUAGCCAGGGACCUGAGACAAGCAAAGAUAAGCUGCAGGCAGACCCGCAGUUCAACCAAUAUAUUCUAGAUGUGGUCAAAGAUAUGGAAGCCGAUAGAAUGAAGGUCGAGUUUUUGAAUAUUACAUAUUUGUCUGAAUUUAGAAUGGAUGGCCACCCUUCGAUCCACCGUGAACGACUUGCUCAACAACCGAUUGUAGAAGACUGCAGUCACUGGUGUCUUCCAGGAGUUCCGGACACAUGGAACCAACUUCUUUACUCUCAGCUCCUGGCACAAGAUUUCAGAACCAAGAGGAACUAAGGUUGAUAUCAAUAGUCAGAAAGCUCGUGUUGAUUUGGUUUAGCUUCAGGUUAAUUCCUCGGAGGCAUUUUCCUCCAGGUUUGAAUCCUUGGUAUCGGUCUGUUUAACUUUCUCGAGCUGCCUCAAUAGAUCCAGCCGUUCUGACCCAUAUGGGGACGGUAUCUGCAGGAUAUAUAUUUUUUAGUGGACCCCAGAUAAUGUGCAACAUAGAAAUACAUUAGUUGGAAGAAAUUUGAGAAACACACCAAGGAUGGCACGUAUCUUUGGAUGGCUGCCAGCAUUGCUGCAUGUCCGACUGCAGUCACCUGUCAAUCAUGGGAAGUUGAUGAAAUGAUCCCUUUCUUAGACUUAUGAAAUCUAUAUGAGCAAAAACAUUUGGACCUGAUUGUGUAAUUUGCAAGUAUACGUUCUAUAGUUUAGGACCUUGAAUAUAUUAUCCUAAUGUUUUA